CCAGACCUUGGCAUCUGGGCUGGAACCCAGGACGGGUCUGGGCGAGCGGCAGGGAGCCCGGGGGUGCCGGGGAGGGCCAGCCAGACCACCGAGUGCUGGUGGCCACAACUUGGCUCCAGCCUCACCUCUCAGCACAGCAGGAGAGCAUCUUCAGUCCCUGGAGUUUGGGGAGUCCCCUGGCCAUGUAGAGCCAGGCAGGAUCCAUUCCCUCCCCACAGAGCUGUCCCAGGAGUGCAGCAGCAGGUGAUGACCAUCAUGAAACCAGGCCCAGAAGAGGGUAAGAGGGGCUGGGGGUGCUGCCAGGCCCAGGGUGGUUCUGCACCCCCUGCCUAGGGGCCAGCUCUGGUUGUGGUCGCUGGUCCCUCUGCCCAGGGCUCUGCACUCUCAGUCCCCUCUGGCCCCACAUCCCUACGGUGAAGGCUGACAGGACCCACGCACCCUGGCAGGAGAGGCUGCUGGAGCCUCCAGAGUUGAGAACUCCCUGACAGUUCCCUCUCCUGAGGAAUCCCUGGGCAUGGCUGGCAGGGACCCUAAGGAGGGCAGGGAGUGCUCAGGGCUGCAGCAGCCUCAGCUGUGGCUGUGCUCUCCCUCGGCCUCCCAAGUGCCCCAGCUGAACAUGGGCAAGAAGAUGAGCACCCCGCAGGACCUGAUGAUCGAGGAGCUCUCCCUGCACAACAACCGAGGCUCUCAGCUCUUCCAGCAGCGCCAGAGGCGGAUGCAGCGCUUUGUCCUUGAGCAUCCCAGCAGCUACAGGGAGGUAGGGGAGGAUGACUCGGGCCAGCAGAGUUAUCACUCGGAGCUCCAUGUGGCAGCAUCACCCCAGGGUGUCCCCCCUGAAGUGCCCAAGAAGACAGAGAAAGUCUUGCAGAUGAGCAAAGUCCUCAACCCUGAUGCUCUGGCCCCAGGGUACUCAAGCCCCCUCAAAGAGGUUCCUCCAGAGAAGUUCAAUGUCACUGCCAUCCCCAAGGGCUACCGCUCCCCCUGGCAGGAUCUCUUUGGUGACAAGGACAGCACUGUGCAGGGACUGAACCAGCCACCUGUGAGACCCCCUCCGUGGGACUUCAACAGCUGCCACAGGACUCCCGCCCCGUUUGACAGAGCACUGGUCAGCGACCUCUUCUCCGUGCCUGCCCUGGAGCUGGAUAACCUGAGUGCUCUGGAGGUGAUUUCCCACAGGCCCAACUUCAACAGAACAGCACAAGGCUGGGUGAGGUUUCUGCCUGAGAGUGAGGAGCUGUAGCAAGAGUGCUCCCUUCCCCAUCACCCCCGAUGCUUUCCUCCCUGGACUCCAGUGUACGACGCAUGGUAGGAGGGAGUAUCCUUCAUGACAGCCAGGCUGGGGGUCUUGGGUUGUCACCCUCUUCAACAGGGUGUCAACAAGCUCCAGUCUGGGACCACCCAGCUCUUACCAUUAAUGUAAGCAGAUCCCGGUAAGCUCCUGUCCAAGCACAGCCUGUCCUCUUCCCUGCCUUGUGGAAAACAUCAGGACCGCCAGCUGCAAGGCACCAAAGCUGCCUCACUGCUUCUUCACUGACACACAAGACCUGCCUGGACAGCUGGUGCCUUUGCAGAGAAAUUCCAUCUUCAGGACAACUCUGUCAUUCAGGUCAGGGUGGCAAGAGGAUGUGGUAACUGAAGAGCAACAGCAAAACAAGUUACUGGGGGCAGUGGCAUGUUAAAAGCACUCACCUUUGGCUUGGCUGGACAACAAAAACAAACGAGGAGCUGGCAACCUGGCUGUUGACAACACAGCACGGCCAAGAUGGAUGGGAGAGGACUGUUGACAGCUGGAAACUUGUGCCCUGUUUUCCACAAGCUCCUGGCUAGCACUUGGCAGCUGCUGUUUUCCCCUUCCUCCUGCUAUUUGCAUGCCUUGCUUCAAGCCUAAGCCCUUCGAUUGAUGAACGCCAGAUUUGUUUCAUCCAGCUGCUCAGUAAGGAUCGGGCCCUUCCCGGACGGGUCUGAGGACUCUGCCAGGGAGUUCUGGCAACCCCAGCGGGCAGGAAAAGCAUCGCAGCUCUGACCAUGGAUGUGAAAAUCAGCAGCCAGGAUUCAGCAGCACCGACGUUCUCAGCAGUGACACACGGUGGGACACGCAGCUAACAGCAGCCUCUCGGGCAGUCAUGAGAAUAUUUGGAAAAAACUGCUAAUGGCUAGCAAAAAAAUCUGUUACUUAGUACAGGCUUUCUACAAUUGCUUUUGGCAGGUUUUUAACCUUACCUUCAUUUAGUCUUGCAAAAGCAAGAGUAUCGGGAUGAAAGUUUCUUUUUCCAGCCACGUGGUUAAGCCAGGGCUGUAAAUUUUGUGGAAAAAUGCAGUUCCCAGCUGCCUCCCUUGUGCUGUGUCCUGGUGACGCCAUGCACAGACGUGCAGAGCAAAUCCCAUGCAGGGCUUCUGCUGCCACAACACAGCAUUGAGGGAGAAAACUUUAAUUGCUCUGUUCCUCCCACAGAAGCAGAAGGGGACAAGCAAAUGGAAAGCAAAAAGGUCUGUUCUCUAAACAUUAGUUCAUGAUGCUCAACUGCUGUACUCUUCCAAGCCCUCCUCUCUCUUCCUUUGUCCACCAGGUGAAGAACCCCUGUACCCCUGGGGACCAGGCUGGAAAUAAUGAAUAAACAGUGAUUGUGUAAAACCUG